AGACCAUGUCGCUCGCACCCGUCCACACCGCCGAUGCGCCCGCCGCCGUCGGCCCUUACUCGCAGGCGAUCAAGACCGACUCGCUCGUGUUCCUCAGCGGCUGCAUUCCCCUCGUCCCGGCCACUAUGAAGGUCAUCGAGGGCGGAAUCGAGGAGCAGACGGAGCAAGCGUUCCGCAACUUCCAGGCCGUCCUCAAGGAGUCGGGCUGCCAGCUCACCGACGUGGCCAAGACGACCGUCUUCCUCCAGAGCCUCGGCGACUUUGCUGCCGUCAACGCCAUCUACUCGCGCGUGUUUGGCGACCACAAGCCGGCUCGCUCGUGCGUCGAGGUCGCCAAGCUCCCCCUCGGCGUCCUGUUUGAGAUCGAGGGCAUCGCCGUCCUCCCCAAGAAGGCCUGAGCUCUCUCUCUCUCUCUCUCGUCGUCGUCGUCGGCGUUCGCAAUGCACAAACCCGCAGUCCAGUCCUCUCGUC